ACAGAUCCUCAAUAUCUUCAUCUACCCCGCCGCCUAGUAUGAGCUCCCUUCUCUUAAAGCGGAGGCGUGACGAAACAAAUGGUUUCUUUACGGUAUCCCGCUUUAUGCUGACUGAAGUUGCUGUCGUUUAGGACAAAUCUCCCCCCCCCCCCCCUGUUACCGGUUGUGUUUUCUGGACGCGCCAUGCAAUCUCGCUGGUGGAGUUUUGGGAUUCGUCUGGUGGCGUGGACGUGGAUUUGGAGUCUGGCAUUGCUUGGAGCGUGGUGCAUUCCCGCAAAUGAAGUGAACCUGCUGGAUUCUCGCUCUGUGAUGGGAGACCUUGGAUGGGUGGCCUAUCCUAAGAAUGGGUGGGAGGAGAUCGGCGAGGUAGACGAGGACUAUGCCCCCAUCCACACCUACCAAGUGUGCCGGGUCAUGGAGCAGAACCAGAACAACUGGCUCCACACCAACUGGAUCCUGACUGAGGGAGCUCAGAGGGUCUUCAUCGAGCUCAAGUUCACUCUAAGAGACUGCAACAGCCUCCCUGGGGGCGUGGGGACCUGCAAAGAGACGUUUAAUAUGUACUACUACGAAACAGACGGCGAUGAGGAUGAAAUGGAGUACGGAGAAAUGAGAGAUGGAACAGGGAUGACAGAAGAGGAGGACCGGGCAAUGAAGGAGAGUAGAUAUAUUAAAGUGGACACAAUAGCAGCUGACGAGAGCUUUACUGAGCUGGACCUGGGGGAUCGUGUGAUGAAGCUCAACACUGAAGUCCGGGAUUUAGGUCCCUUGAUCCGGAAAGGUUUCUACCUGGCGUUUCAGGAUCUGGGGGCCUGUAUCGCUUUAGUCUCGGUACGUGUUUUCUACAAACGCUGCCCCUUUCUGGUGAAGAGUUUGGCCGAGUUUCCAGACACCAUCCCGGGUUCCGAGGCCUCGCAGCUGGUGGAAGUGGUGGGGCACUGUGUCAAUAACUCCCUGCCUUUAUAUGAGCCUCCAAGGAUGCAUUGCAGCACUGAGGGAGAAUGGCUGGUGCCUAUUGGGAAGUGCGUGUGCCAGCCGGGAUUUGAGGAAAUUAACGGCUCAUGUCAAGUCUGCAAAAUAGGGUUUUACCGUUCGCUGCUGGACUCCGUGGGCUGUAGUAAAUGUCCUCCCCACAGUGUGGCCAGGCAGACCGGAGCCACCGCCUGCAGUUGUGAGGAUGGAUACUAUAAAAUUGACUCGGACCCUCCCAAUAUGGCCUGCACACGUCCCCCCUCUGCUCCACGCAACGCCAUCUCCAAUGUCAACGAGACCAGCGUCUUCCUGGAGUGGUCUGUCCCGAUGGAAACAGGUGGCAGAAAGGAUGUCAGCUACAACAUCCUGUGCAGACGGGUCUUACCAGAUGGAAGGGGCUUUGAAGAAUGUGGUCCAAACGUACGCUUUCUGCCACGCCGCGUCGGCCUGUCAAACACGUCUGUGAUGGUUGCCGACCUGCAGUCACACACCAACUACAGCUUUCUGCUUGAGGCUGUCAAUGGUGUGUCCGAGCUGGCCAAAGAUCACGCAAAGCAGUAUGUGUCACUUAAUGUGACAACCAAUCAGGCAGCGCCCUCCCCAGUGAGUGUGGUGAGAAAAGGUCAUACAGAGAAGAGCAGCAUCGCCCUUUCUUGGGCAGAGCCCGAUCGGCCCAACGGCAUCAUCCUGGAGUAUGAGAUCAAGUAUUUUGAGAAGGAGCAAGACUCCAGCUACACCAUUAUAAAGUCCAAAGAGACUGAAAUGGUGGUCGACGGCCUGAAGCCCUCAUCAGCCUACAUCUUCCAGGUGCGAGCCAGGACCUCAGCAGGCUACGGCGCGUUUAGCCGACGUUUUGAAUUCCAGACCAGCCCUUACUUAACGGCUACCAGUGAGCGGACUCAGGCUUUGAUAGUAGCUGUAGCCAUCACACUGGCUCUGGUACUACUGGCAGUUGUUGCUGGGUUCUUGCUUAGUGGACGACGUUGUGGCUACAGCAAAGCAAAGCAAGAUCCUGAAGAGGAGAAGAUGCAUUUCCACAACGGUCACAUUAAGUUUCCAGGAGUGCGUACCUACAUUGACCCCCUCACCUAUGAAGAUCCCAACCAGGCGGUCCAUGAAUUUGCACAGGAGAUUGAUGUUUCAUUCAUCUCUAUAGAAAGGAUCAUCGGAGCUGGGGAGUUUGGCGAGGUAUGCAGUGGACCUCUGAGGCUGCCUGGGAAAAGAGAGAUGCAGGUUGCCAUUAAGACCUUGAAAGCAGGAUACACUGAACAGCAGAGACGUGACUUCCUGUGGGAGGCAUCAAUCAUGGGCCAGUUUAACCAUCCAAACAUCAUCCGUCUGGAGGGUGUGGUCACCAAGAGCAAGCCAGUAAUGAUCAUCACUGAAUACAUGGAGAACGGAUCACUGGACACUUUCCUCAAGAAAAACGAUGCUCAGUUUACCGUUAUUCAGCUGGUUGGUAUGCUGCGUGGCAUCGCUUCUGGCAUGAGAUACCUGUCCGAUAUGGGCUAUGUGCACCGUGAUCUUGCAGCUCGUAACAUCCUGGUCAACAGUAACCUUGUGUGUAAAGUAUCUGAUUUUGGCCUGUCCCGAGUCCUUGAAGAUGACCCGGAGGCUGCAUACACCACACGGGGCGGGAAGAUUCCUAUUCGCUGGACAGCUCCAGAGGCGAUUGCAUACAGGAAGUUCACCUCAGCGAGCGAUGUGUGGAGUUAUGGUAUUGUCAUGUGGGAGGUGAUGUCAUACGGAGAGAGGCCAUACUGGGAGAUGUCCAAUCAAGAUGUAAUUAAAGCGGUAGAGGAGAGCUACAGGUUGCCAGGUCCUAUGGACUGCCCUGAGGCUCUGUACCACCUGAUGAUGGACUGUUGGCAGCGAGAACGCAGCAACCGGCCCAAGUUUGAUGAGAUUGUCUGUCUACUAGACAAGCUCAUUCGAAACCCCAGCUCAUUAAAAAAACUUGUCAACUCCUCACACAGGGUUUCCAACCUGUUAGUGGAGCAUGCCAGUGUAGAAGGGAACUGCAGUACUCGGAGCCAGACCAUUGGGGAGUGGCUUGACUCCAUUAAGAUGGGUCGUUACACUGAGCUCUUCAUGGAAGGUGGAUACUCUUCACUGGAGACAGUGGCUCAGAUGACAUCCGAGGAUUUACGAAGAGUCGGAGUCAACUUAGCUGGACAUCAGAAAAAAAUUAUCACAAGCAUUCAGGAGAUGAGAGUCCAUAUGAACAACAUAAACUCUACUGUAAACAUCUGAUGCAUAUGUAGAGGCAACCUACACACAAAGACACAUACUUAAAAACAAACAUACACCCAAUUUUUGGACCUAGUAUGAUGAAAAAACAGAGAUUUGCUGUUGGACCUAGAGCAGCAUAGCACUUUCUAUGGUUAAGGAGACCCCAGUGUUUUUGGAUCUUAUCUGGAGAAAGCACAUUUUGUGGUGCUUUUGUAUGGAGUUUGCUUGUGUUGUCAAAGUGGAUUUUUGACAUUGCAGCACUUGAACCAAACUGUUCACUGAAGCUGAGUGGUGCAUAAUGAAAGGAAAAAGAUGAAGAGCUAAACUGAAGUAAAACCAAGGGAAGACUAUUCAUUUUAAUUAUUUAAUUUUUGUGACUCUUUGAGAUUGUGAAAUUUCUUGCACUGCUUGGAUUCUCUCAGAUCAAACCUGACACAAAGACCCCAGAUCUGGCUUUGAGACCAAACAGCACUUUUUUGACAGUAUCACAAAUAUGGAAGUUUUCAUACAGCAGGCCGCAACCCUUACUCAGUCAGCUUGUCUCAGGGGAUCUGAACCCAGUGGCUCUGAACAGUACCAACCUUUUCUAUUGGAGUUUUGUCUGAAAUUACACUUCCAUUGACCAGUCAGAGAAUUGAGUGCCAUUCACAGGCAGGGUUAACAUGUAAUAAUGAACAAAGGAAAAAAAAAUCUUCAUUAGUUUCAGCUUUUGCUUUUCCAUGCUGAUGUACUCCGGAGUGAGCGUUUCUGUCUCAGGCAGGACUUCAUGCAACAAGACUGAAGUUGUAACCCAGCAACUCAGCAAUGAUUCUUCCUCCUGUUUUGCUAUACAGUAUGCUUAUGAAUAUCUUCCAGACCAAUUUUUCAGUAGGCUGAAAUUUUAAAAAAAAAGUUAUUUACCAGGUCUUGUUGCCCUCCAGAUGAAAAGUUUGACUAGACUUUAGUAUAAUCCAUAACUUUUCUUCUGCAUGAAUGUAUUACCUUACACAUAACACUAGGUUCAGAUGCAACAAAAAACUGGUCUAUUUUUAUUGAUAUGCCCUCAAGCGGGAUAUCAAUUGGCUUUUAAAAUGUUGGUCCUUACAACUAGCAUCUGAAUUAAACUUAAAAAAGAUUCAUCUGACUUUUCAUUAUCCUUGCUCUAAAUGUAUGUAGGGGUAUGCAGAUUUAAAUUUAAAUUGCUUCAUAUACAAUAGAUACUUUGCACAAGUUUAAAGGGAACUUUGUCUCAGAUUUCAGGUAAAUAUCAUAUAGGCUCUCAAAUUAACAUUUUGAAAUCAGUCACUUAGAGUCAAGCAGAUACUAUAGCAGAACUGAUCCUUCAUCCAGAUUCUCAUGAACCCUCAUGCAGGCUCAGAGACUGACCCUCAAAUGGAAAUAAGAUAAUGUUCGAAGGCACUUCCCAAAGGAUGCAACUGGAAAUCUCAAUCAGAAAGUCAUGGAAAGUUAAAGUAAAAACUGAUUUGUCACUGUCAUGAUGGAACUACCACAUAAAUUCAACUGAAAAUGGUCAA